UUAACAUAAGGAAGACUGUAAUUGACUGCUCGCAGCAAAUGGGCGGAGGCGGAGCAGCACCAACACUGAGUGUAACCGCUUGACCCGGUAAUCUGAGCGUUUGUCAAGGCAGUAGCAGAUGCGCUGUCCAGGCUGGUUUUAAGUCCGGUAAGAAGCUACUAGUCCAAUUAACCGAGAGGAGGCGGAAAUCUGCGCAUGUCGGCUAAUAAACUAACUUUCUGCUCUUCGGCUCGGCGAUGGAUAUGAGCGCCGCUGCGGCAUAUGAUGACGACUUGACACGACAGCCCGCCAUCACCAAACAAGUUGGACCAGAAGCGACACAGUAUCAUCAGUGAGAUGCUGGUGAAUUUUGCGCGGUGAUAGUCGCGAUUUUGGGCUCACACAAUAAGCCUGCAUAAGCUCCUGGAGAGUAGCUGUUAUAGGCCUGGACGCGCAUCAUUUGGCGACGCUGCUGAGUUUCCUCGAGCCGUUUGUGAAGGUGGAUCGUUAACAUGGAAACACACACUGAUGUGCUGCUCGUCACCGCAAAUGUCGGGUCACUCUUUGACAAUGUGGGUGAAAUUCAAAAUGAAUGGUUACAAGAAUUGUAUAAGACUAUCCACAGCUACAAGCCGAAGUUCAUCGCCCUGCACUUCCAGGAGGUGGGAGGGAAGGACUACAUGGUCAACAUGAGCCACGCUGAAAACUUCUUUUGGAGCAUUGAGUCCAGUGAGGAAAUGAAAGACUUUGACAGGGUCUGCAUCUAUGUGGACAACCAGUUCCAAGCAGAAGACAGCUUCACAGCUUUGGGGAGCAUGUACUUCAUCCACAAGACACUGAAAAACAUCUAUCAGUAUGAUUUUAAUGUUAAGGAUUUUAAAGCAGUGUCGGGGCAGAACAAGUACAUGGGCUCUCUGGAUGGGGUCGCCACAGUGGAGAAAGAAAAAUUCCCAAAGAAUUUCUGGCCUGAUUUCAAGUGGUCCAGAAAGGGCUUCAUGAGGACCCGCUGGAUCAUACACAACCAAGGACUGGACUUGGUCAAUGUCCACCUGUUCCAUGAUGCCUCCAACCUCAUUGCCUGCAACUCCAGUCCUUCCAUUUAUUCAGCCAACCGCAAAAACGCUCUCAGAUAUGUCAUCAACAGGAUAUCAGACAGCCACUACACUCCUCUGCCUUUCUUCCUGUUUGGAGAUUUCAACUUCCGUCUGGACACACUUAGUCUUGUCCAGCAUCUGUCCACUUCGGCAGAUAUGCAGACAGUGAAGAAGGACAGCAGUAAUGAAGUGGAGAAAAUCAUCUGCGAAGAAAAAGACAACGACCACCAGGUGCUCCUCCACAUUGAGGAGAAGCUGUUUACCUAUCUGCACCAGGCAGUUUUCAGGGAGGACAAUGGCAGAGCACUUUUGAAAUAUGACAAAGAAGUCGCAGCCUUUCAUGAUGUUAUAAGGGAAGAGGACAUCAAGUUUCCACCCAGCUACCCCUACAGUGAAGAGUACACUAAACCGACCCAGUACAUGAACACUCGCUGUCCUGCCUGGUGUGAUCGUAUCCUCAUGUCACACACAGCCCAAGAAUUAAUCCACAAGAGAGAUGAUGGUGAGAAGAGCGUUGUUUAUGACACAGUGGGCCCUAAUAUCUGUAUGGGAGACCAUAAGCCGGUUUUCUUGUUCUUCUCACUGAAGACAAACGAACAUUGACUCGGAUCCUUCACAAUGGUCUAUGACUGCACCAUCCUCAGAGCUCUGCCACAGUAUCAGUACCAGAGGUUAAUCAGCAUGAUGGUUACCUGCCACAACCCACCCAUCAGCCAGCUGCGGGUCUUGACACAGUUAGUCCCCACUGUUAAAACCCCGUCCUCACAUCACUGGUGUCUCACAUCUGAUCUCACUGUUUCAUACUGUCGACCACAGCUGGAGUGACACGAGCACAGAUUUUUUAGCCGCUGUCAUGGAUUUCUGAGGCAGUUGUCCAGAUUCUCCAACUCGCUCUCAGAUCUUAAGUCCCCUGACCUGAAACCUCAGUGUCACUGAGGAUGUUCCUGUUUUUUGAACGUCCCCGAACAAUGACGUAAAGACUGCAGUGUGUGACUGUGGACCAGCCCCUUGGACCAGCCCCCACAUGGAUGGGUACAUGCAUAUGCAAAGUUUUGAUUAGAGUGAUUUUAAUUGUUGCAUUUUAAAAUAUAUGCCUUUUUUACCAGCAGUGUCAGAUAACCCCAGACCAAGGCAUCACAAAUGUACUCAUUCCUUAUUUAAUUUAUGAAAUCUCUCCAGUCAGUCAGGCCACUUUGUAGCAACUGAACUGGAUAGCUUCCACUCAGUCAGUUUUAAAUUAGCAGUUGAAUUCAGCCAAUCAGAAUCCAGUAUUGUGAAACUCCAGUGUAAAUAACUUCUAGCUAAACAUUAUGAAGAACAUUAGUGUUAUUAUAAACCACAGUGAAUGUAAAGACAAAAAAUAUGGGAUCUUUAAUAUCAAGUUUUGGACCAGGCCUACUGACUGUGUGCAUGCUAUUUUGUAUUUUAUGAAAUUUUUUGUUCAGGUAUUUAUACUUAAAUACUUUUUAAAGUUGUUUACUGUCAGGGUAAGCAGGAUAUUUUAAACACAGGGAAACACAGUAGAGGAAUGCUGCUAUUCUGUUCAUUAUUCAUGAAUGAUUUCUUACUGACAUGUUAUUGUUUUUCAUACAUGUAGCUACUUCAUCACAGUGGCUUUAACUAUGUCACGUCUCUUGAUUACAGAACAAAAUCUAUUAUAGAAUUGAUUUUGAUAAAUGUAAAUGACGAUUUUAAUAUCGAAAUGAUGUAGAAAAGACACUAGACAGUGGACAAAAGGCCAAUAACAUUUUAAAGCAACAACAAACCGACUGCAGCAGUUUUGUCUGUUUAUGAAUGCUGUGGUAGAUGCUGAAUUAAUUCAUAUAACACAGCAGCAGAGUGUUUCACCCUGUUGAAUUUAAAGUAGCAUUCUUUUGCUGUUUUUUCCAUGUACCAAUAAUAAUACCAAGUGCUUUAUUCCACAAGCUAUAACUCAGCAGUUCUCCAUGUUUCAGUUUCCUCACUCAGAAAGUUCCCUUUACAGUUUGUCUGCACAGAAAUCUCUUCCACCCUGUUCUGGUUGGCAUCGACCUUAUUUCAUUGCCAAAAGAAUUAUACUGUAGGCCUCACAUGUUUACUUCUAACUCUAGUUAAUGAGUGUGGGUGUUUCCAUCACAUGGCUUCACUUGAAGUCCACAAAAUCCUGUAUAUAUACAGUAUAUGCACACAUGUGCACACCUACACACAAACAGAAGGUUUGCUUUUGGAUGUUUGUCUUAUUUUAUUUUGUUGAUUCAUAAUCUCAUACUUUAGCUGUGUAAUAUUUUUGAUGUGAGUUAUUGGUUAGAUUCUUUGAUCUGGCUUUAAUAAUGACUAAUUGAAAGAAUUUAAAAUAUGUUUUUGUGGUUUUUUACUUCCAUCCAUCCAUCCAUUAACCAUACCCGCUUAGGGUCGCGGGGUCGGCUGGAGCCAAUUCCCGGCUGACGUUUAUCAUAUAUAUUUUUGGAGUGUUUUGUGAAAUGUCUUUUGUGUUACACAGCUUGGUGGAACAGUACACCCCCUAUAUUCAUACAAUAACACUUUUCAUGCAUAAAUUCACAGAUAUUCAUAUUAAGGACUGUCAGUCAUAUCUGUACUGUGGGACUGAAGCCUUGCCAUAACAAGAUGAAGUUAAGAAUCAGUGAUGCAAAUGUCUGUGUGGAUUGAGAACAGUUUGUAAGUAAUAAACUUUAAGCGGUUCACUGUUGACCAGUCAUGGGAGUGGAGUUCAUUCUAAGGCCAGUAUUACCUUCAGAUUAACUCUGGUCAAACACUACAUCAUUGUGAUAUUUCACUUUUGUAAAUAAAAUAUUAACCUCUUAAA